AUGGCUCCAUCUUCUGUCACUUCCCGUUUUCAUGAAUCCGUCACUCGCCAUGCACUUUGCUCCUAUCUCUCUGAGUUUAUCUCCACUUUCUUCUACGUCUUUCUUGUUGUUGGCUCUGGAAUGUCCUCACGGAAGUUGAUGCCUGAUGCUUCACUGAACCCAACAAGCCUGGUUGUGGUUGCCAUUGCAAGUGCUUUUGCAUUGUCUUCUGUUCUUUAUAUUGCAUGGGACAUUUCAGGUGGACACGUCAAUCCGGCCGUGACCUUUGCAAUGGCAGUGGGAGGCCACGUUAGUGUACCAACCGCUCUCUUUUACUGGGUCGCUCAACUUAUAGCCUCUGUUAUGGCUUGUCUUGUUCUAAGGGUCAUUGUUGUUGGCAUGCAUGUUCCAACAUACACCAUUGCAGAAGAGAUGACAGGGUUUGGAGCAUCAGUGUUAGAGGGUUUUCUGACAUUUGUUUUGGUGUACACAGUGUAUGCAGCCAGGGACCCUAGGCGUGGUCCAAUGAGUUCCACAGGCAUACUACUUGUUGGCUUCGUGGCUGGGGCAGGUGUCUUGGCUGCAGGUCCAUUCUCUGGUGGGUCAAUGAACCCUGCAUGUGCUUUCGGCUCAGCAACCAUUGCAGGUUCUUUCAGGAACCAAGCAGUGUAUUGGGUUGGACCCUUGAUUGGUGCUACCAUAGCUGGACUUCUUUAUGACAAUGUGCUGUUCCGUUCACUGCCUUCAGGGCUUUCAGAAGGAAUUGGGGUGUAA